AUGUCCAUCAUCGGCAUCGGUUCUACAUCACUGGCCCAAGAGGCUGAGAAGGAGUCCCUGGAAAACAGCCUCUUCUCAACCCAGCAGCGGGUGGUUCAGCUGGAAGCCCAGAAGGAGCAACUGGAAGAGGAGCAGCAAAAGCUCCGCCUCUCCAAGCAGGUGCUCCAAGUGGAAGUGGAAAGAGCCCAAAAUGAACUCGAGGUUCAAGAGACCAAGAUGAAGUGGGAGUCAGAACUGCUCAAGCAGCAGAUGGCUCAGCUCCAGGAAGACACUCAGCUUUCCCUCAGGAACCAGGCACUGGCCCUUGGGGAAGACAUAGGACGCCUGAGAAAAGAGAAGGAGAGUCUGCGCCUGGCAUUGACUGAAGAGAAAGAGAUUGCCAUACAUCAACUCGAGCAGGAGAAAGAAGAAUUGCUUUCAAAAUAUGAAGCUGAGCGAGAAAACCUAAAUGAAGAAAUCCUCCGUCUGAAACGGGAGCGAGAUGAAAGCCUUCUCCAGCUGGAACAUGAGAAGCAGAAGGCCUUAUCUCAAAAGGAAACUGAGAAAAAAAUGUUGUAUGAGGAGCUCAUUGAAGCCCAGAGAGAACUAGAGGAUUCCAAGCUGGAGGCUGACCGAGUGAAACAGCACGCUCUGAGUCAGCAGGAGAAAGACAAGGAAACAGUGGCCAGCAUCAGCAAAGAACUGAAGGCCUUCCAGGCCCAGUUUGAAGCCUCGAUGGCCACCCACCAGGAAGAGGCCACGGCCUUGAAUGAGCGCAUAAAGGAACUAGUCAGAGAAAAGAGCACUGUGGGUCAAGAGGCGGAAGAGUUCAGAAGUCAACUCCUCCGGGCGGAGGAAAGUGAGGAAAGGACGCGCAGGGAGCUGGCGGAGCUUCAGCUCGAGCUUCAGGAGGCCCGGGAGGCCCGGGACCUCGAACGCAAUGAAACGGCGGCCGUCCGCCGAGCUCUGGAGGACGAGAUCCGGGAGAAGGACACGCUGCAGCAGUCCAACGCGGAGCUUCGCGAGGCCGUCAAGAAAGUCGAGCAUGAAAAGAUCAGUUUUAAGAGGGCCAAAGAGGAGAAGGAACAGAAGCUCAUCAUAUUGGAGGAGACCAAAGCUUCUGUCCAGAAAGAAGCUGGGGAGCUCAGAGCGACCCUUCGAGAGGUGGAGAGGUCAAGGAUGGAGGCCCGGCGAGAGCUGCAGGAACUUUGGAGACAGGUAAAGACCCUGGAAGGGGAGAACGAGAAGAAAUGCAAGGAAGUGGGUGACCUCCAGGCCCGAGUCACGCAGGAGGAGCAGCGGGCGCAGCGGGCACAGCGGCAAUCUGCGGAGCUGCAGAAGAAGGUCGUGGAGACAGAAGCCAGCGCGGAGCAGGCUCGAAAGGAGAUCCUCAGCCUGCAAAGGAGACUGGCAGAGGCCGAGUCAGGAAGCCAGGUCCGGGAGACGGAGCUGAGGGAGAGCCUCCGAGAGUGCCGCGGGAACGAGAAAAAGCUCCACGACGAGCUCCGUAAUCUGGAGAUGAAGCUGAAGCAGGUGUGCGCCGACGCCAUGGACUCCCAGAGGCGCCUGAGCGCAGCCAACGGCCGCAUCCACGGCCUGGAGCAGGAGCUGGACCGGGCCGGACGGGCCAGGCGGGAAACCGAGGCCACGCUGAGCAGGCUGCAUUCGGUCCUGCGCCGGACACUGGGCCUCAGCCCACCGCCCGCAAGGGCUCCCUCCCCAGCCAAAGGGUUCGAGAGCCCUUCAGCGGCAGAUGGAACAGAGACUGCGGCCUCUCAGCCGGGAUCCCCAGAACGGAGCCAGGCCGGUUCUCCAGUCCGCUGGCCCUCUCCCCCGCGAGGGAGCCCCGGCCCCACGGAGAUGGACGUCGGAGUCGUUCGCGAGGCCUUGAGAGAGCUCCUGCAGAACCUUCGGGACGCACAGAGAGAGAGGGAUGACUCACGGGUCCAGGUAGUGAACCUGAACUGUCAGAUGAACGAGCUGAAGGCUGACCUUGACCAGAGCAAGACUCGCAUCCUGCAGCUGCAAAAGUCUCUGGCAGAUGCUGAGGAAGGCCAGUCACUCAUUCAUCUCUCUUCUCCAGAGACCCGAUUCAUGGCUUCAUCUGCUGCAAAAGAGCAAGAUUUAUUGCCAAGCACAUGGUGGAUGGGGCAGCGGGAGAGCUGA